CGCCAUAUUGAAAUUCGUCGUUCGGUCAGACCAACGCUCUAGCGUCGGUCCGCGGAAAAUAGCAAAAAUCACAAUUAUCCGGGCAGUUAGAUUAGUCGAAAAUAGCGCGUGGCCCCCCCAAUAAAUAUGCGAAAGCGUAAAUUGUACAUAAACUGAACUGAAAGCAGCCAGCGUGCGAAGCACUGGAAGUUAAAAAACGUCAGAAACAGAAACGAAACAAGGAAUUGCAGCUGCAGUCUCUUCGUGGGCCCAUCCCAAUCCCAUUAGUCCCCACCCGGCGCUGGAGUGGUAGCCUAACAUGGAUAUAGAAGACAAGCAUAAAAAUUAGCCGAAUCCUUUGAAUUCUAAAUUCAAGAUCCUAAUUUAAAUUAGCCAAGUAGCAUAGCAUAGCCUAUAGCCCCUAGCCAGAAGAACGGUUCCAAGCCGACAGUAUUCGCGUUUAUAGGUCAGUUAACCGAAUUCCAAGGACAUCAGCGAGUAACUCACCAGGAGAACUCCCAGGAGCAACAUCAUCAUGACGACCGACACCCGCCGACGCGUCAAGCUGUACGCGCUCAAUGCGGAGCGCCAGUGGGACGACCGUGGCACGGGCCACGUGUCUUCAACCUAUGUGGACAGGUUAAAAGGCAUAUCCCUUCUGGUGCGUGCCGAAUCCGAUGGAUCUCUGCUUCUGGAGAGCAAAAUACAACCGGAUACCGCCUAUCAAAAGCAACAGGACACCUUGAUCGUCUGGUCCGAGGGCGACAACUUUGAUCUGGCCCUGAGUUUUCAGGAAAAGGCGGGUUGUGACGAAAUAUGGGAAAAAAUAUGUCAGGUGCAAGGCAAGGAUCCAUCGGUGGAGAUAACGCAGGAUAUCGUGGAAGAGUCGGAGGACGAGCGUUUUGAGGACAUGUCCGAUACGGCGCCACCCAUCGAGCUACCACCCUGUGAGCUCUCCAGGCUGGAGGACAUCUCGGAGACGAUACAGAGCUGUCUCUCCACGCCGCUGCGCAAGGAGAAACUGUCGAUGGCUCUGGAAUCGGAGAGCUACAUCAAGAAGCUGUUGAACUUGUUCCAUGUGUGCGAGGAUCUGGACAACACAGAGGGUCUGCACCACCUGUUUGAGAUCUUCAAGAACAUCUUCUUGCUGAACAAGAACGCGCUAUUCGAGAUCAUGUUUGCGGAUGAUACCAUCUUCGAUGUGGUCGGGUGCCUGGAGUAUGAUCCAAGUGUGGCCCAGCCGAAGAAGCACCGCCAGUAUCUGAAGCAAUUAGCAAAGUUCCGCGAGGCGGUGCCAAUCAAGAACCAAGACCUGCUGGCCAAAAUUCAUCAGACGUUCCGGGUGCAGUAUAUCCAGGACAUCAUUCUGCCCACGCCGUCGGUUUUCGUGGAGGACAACAUGCUGAACACUCUUUCCAGCUUCAUCUUCUUCAACAAGGUAGAGAUUGUGACGAUGAUCCAGGAUGACGAGCGCUUCCUGCUCGACGUGUUUGCGGUGCUUACGGAUCCCGCCACCGGCGACAUGAAGCGUCGCGACACAGUCCUCUUCCUGAAGGAGUUUUGUAACUUCGCCCAAAACCUGCAGCCGCAGGGCAAGGACUCGUUUUACAAAACUCUUACCUGCCUGGGCAUCCUGCAGGCGCUGGAACUCACUCUCGUUAUGAACGACAAGAAGACCAAAUCGGCCUCCAUCGACAUUCUCACGGCCAUCGUUGAGUUCUCGCCGCUGGUAGUGCGCAACUAUACGCUUAACCAGGCCAACAGGCCUGAAGGGGAGCGUAUGCUACUAAACAUUGCCAUCGAGCAAAUGCUGAACGAUUCGGAGCCGGAGCUUGGCAUUGCGGUACAGCUAAUGGGCAUCGUCAAGAUCCUGUUGGAACCGGAAAACAUGCUCACCGAGAAGGGCGAUUUCCUCAACUUCUUUUACAAAUACAGCGUCCAGACGUUAGUGGCUCCAUUGAUGCUUAACACGAUGGGCGACCGUCCGCAAAAUGAGGACUAUCAGACAGCCCAGCUGCUGGGCAUCGUCCUGGACAUUUUGUCGUUCUGCGUGGAACACCACAGUUAUCACAUUAAGAACUUCUUACUCCAAAAGGAUCUCCUUAAGCGAAUUCUGGUGCUGAUGAAAAGCACACACACGUUCCUUGUCCUUGGCGCUCUGCGACUGCUGCGCAAGAUAAUUGCACUUAAAGACGAGUUCUACAAUAGACACAUUGUCAAGUGCAAUCUCUUUGCGCCGGUUGUGGAUGCCUUUAUUCGCAACAACGGCCGCUACAAUCUUCUGGAGUCGGCCAUUCUGGAGCUGUUCGAGUUUAUAAAACUCGAGGACAUCCGCACCCUGUGCGUCUACUUCGUGGAGAACUUCAGCAAGAUAUUUGAUGAAAUCGAAUAUGUGCAGACAUUCAAGUACUUGAAGAACCGAUAUGACCAGUACCAGGAUAGGCUUAAGGACCGCGAUAAGAUGGAGAACCGAACGGACGGUGGCCUGCCCAUCAUCCGUAGCGGUGGCCGGUUUCGUCGAGAUCAGCGGCAAAUGGAAGAGGAGGAGGAGAUGUGGUUCAAUGAGGAGGACGAUUUCACCGAGGAAAUCGACACGUACAACAAUGUCAUGAAAUCCGUCAGCGAAAAGAAUGGCCCGCAAACGCAAAACCAGCAAAAAUCCUCUCCGCCGCACAGUACGUCGCCGCAUAGUGGAUUGUUGGGUAACCUGAACACCACCGCGUCAUCCACUGCCACAUCAGCCGCGUCAAGCGCACCGGUGGCCAGCGGUAGUAGCAGCCCCGAGGCAAUCUCUGCCGACGAACAGACGCAGGCGGCGGUACAUUUGGCCGCCGCUGCCAACAUUGCCCUACAGCACCACCAGCAGCAACAGCAACAACAGCAGCAGCAGCAACAGCAGCAGCAAAACCCAUUCCAGCAACAGACACAGCCCGAGAUUGCGGAGCUGCAACAGCAGCUGAGCAACGUGGAGGCGCCACAAAGCCAAGAGAUGGAGCUGUCACAGUCGGCUGCUGCUAGUUCAUCGCCCACAUCAUCUCUAGAGGCAUCCACGUCAUCAUCAUCGUCCUCAUCCUCAUCGUCUUCGUCCUCGCCGCCGGGUCCAUCAGCGGCCGCAGCUCUGUGCGAUUCGGCGACAGUGGCAGCCGUGGCAGCUUCACAGUUUCUCACAACGAUCGCCACGGCCAUGGCGGCGUCUGUGACGGCGGCGGCGGCCACAAGCAACUCCACCAGCCUGUCACCGGCCCCGGCUGUCUCCAGUCCGGAUAUCGAGAACGCCGAUGCCCAGUUGCCGCCCAGCGAUGAUGCCAGCAGCCCGGUCAGUGCGGAGCAAGAUGCGAACGGCACAGACUCCGCCAGCAGCGAUGCGGAUAAGGCGACGGCCAAAAAGGGUUUGGUGGACUACGAGAGUGAUUCUGGCGAAGAUGACUACGAGGAGGACGAUGACACCGACGGGCAACAAGCACAAAAGCGCGUGCGUCUGGCAUAGUUGGCCGAUGACGAGCACGGCGGCAUCAAUUAUAAAUUAGUACACACAUAACAGAACCCAACAAACCACGGCAAACAAGAAACAACACACAGAUCCCCAUACACCAACGAAUGUUAGGUUUGCAUUAGCGGCAACGACAGACAGCACAGCAGACAGCCGUACGAUGUAAGAUCGAACAAGAAAAUAUACAAUUAAAUUUUAGCAUAAAAUUUAUUUUAAAGGAGAAAGCAAACAACCUAAAGUAAACGAGAAAUUAUAAAUCUUACUUUACUAAAUUAAAUAACUACAUAUAAAUAUAUAUAUUCAAAUAUAUAUGCAUAUGAAAACACAGAUAAUUAUAACUGAUCAGCAUCCACAGGCAGAAGGAAGAUGCAUUUGAGUGCAGUGCGUGUUGUUCGAGAGUUGGAAAGCAUUAACGAAACAAACCAAAAUAAAAUGUAUUUAGUAGUUAAAUCCGACACAGAGGAUACACAUCUGUGGAGGAGCCGUCAAGUGGUGUGGGACAUUUGUAUACUGACAGUAUAUCCAUUCGCAUGUCCCUUGUAAAACAGCAGUUAACAGAUCCUGUGAAGUUGGCUGCUGGCCGAGAAUGUUGUGGGCAAACCAAUCCAAUUUUGUGCAAUAUUUCAAUGUUGGUAUUUUAAGGACAAUUGCAAAAUGUAUCUUACCUAGAUUAGUUGUACUGUUUAGAUUUAAUCACUUUUACUAUCCUAUGAGAACGAUUACCUGCCAAUCGCACUAUCACACAGCGCUGUUUUCAACUGACAAUUUGAGUAAACAGUUCUUAUCGCGGAAUCAGUUGUAAAAGUCUAUAUUGUAACCAGCGCUGUAUUACAACAGACCUAAUGGUCUAAGGGAGUCGGGAAAAUUUUCCGAUUACCUCAUUAAACCUUAUCAGCGGUGUAACGUAAAUAAUUGUCAAUAAUUUUAAUUUUAAAUUUUAAACUAUUCCCAAAGCAGUGAAAUAUGUAUCGCACUAUAAAUCAGUGUAGGUUCUGUUGCAAUUGUUUUCUAAAUACCAGUUGCCAUGGCCAACUUGACAAAUUUUGUUAACCCCUUGAGUUAGACGCAGAUAACACUUGAACCCAAUGAUCCUUGUAUAUAAUUUAGCCAGUCUCAAUAUGCGAUUAGUUGAUAACUGUUCUUGCACCACUGACGCCAACAUUAAACAGAUUUGAAUAAUUUGGAUUUGAGAGAAAUCGAAAGUUUUGCACAAUAUUGAGCAGUUUGAGAUCCAAACUCUUGUAGGUAAAACCAGAAAAGCGUUGUCUGACUGUGUAAUUAAAAACAAUUGUUGCGCUACCCUUGCAUUAUUGAACCACAAACACACAUACACACCACACACAUCAAUAAUUAAAUAAUUAUAAUGAUAAACAAAUAGAACGUAAAGUUAAACUAAAGUGGGGCAAACAAGCAUCAGCAAACAAAUAACAAUAAAGUAAAGUAAAAUAGUCUUCUUACGUUUUCGUCUAGGUUUUUUUUUCACAUUUAAAUAUAAUAUUAAUUUGUAUUAAAAGAAUGUAGUAGGGCUCACUUUGAACACACAUACAUACGCUCGCUUACACUCAAACCAACCGACAUCCCACAUCCACACCGACAGAAAGUAAUAAAGUUAUUUGUUAAUAAUCGUAUUUGCCAUGUGCGUUGCGUACUGUACUACAUUUAUUUAUUUUAGUGUUUAAAUGAAUUUGUCACUGCAAACGGUUUCCCUAGAGCAACCGAUCGUUCCCCAGCCUCCAAAGCCCUACGCAAAAUACCUAUAUUAUAGUCUGGGAGAACGAGUAUCCAUACAUGUAUCCUUCCAAGUUGAUGUUUUUGUUUGAUUGAUUGAUUGAUUGAGAAACAUUAACGAACCGAAUCCGCAAAGUGCAUAAACAAGAAUGGAGAUAACAAGAAACAGAAACGAACACAAAGGCAAAAGAUAAUGAAAACUAAACUUAAACGUAAUGCGACAACACUAUAGUUUAUACAUAGUAUUUAUAUGAAUCGUGUAUUGUAUAUGAUAUGCUGUCUAAUCCCUAAUCCUAACACAUACCCAUUUCGUCUAUAAUUUGAAUAUUUUAUUUAGUUGUUUAAACAUCCGUGCGUAAAAAGCGAUAUAUAUAACUCUAUAUUAUGAUUAUGAGUAAAUUAAAUAAUAGUUUUUAAUAGUUUUUAAACAGAAACAAAUGGCUAAGCUCUCAA